GGCCGGAAGCACCGCCCCUUGCGGCAAACGGACCUCCGCGGCUCCAGGCCCGGACCGGGCGGCGGCCAUGGCCUCGGCGGCUGUGGAGAGCUUCGUGACCAAGCACUUGGACCUGCUGGAACUCGAGAGAGACGCGGAGGUUGAGGAGCGCAGGUCCUGGCAGGAAAACGUGUCUCUGAAAGAACUCCAGAGCCGAGGCGUUUGUCUGCUGAAGCUGCAGGUGUCAAGCCAGCGGACCGGGCUGUACGGACGGCUGCUGGUCGCCUUUGAGCCCAGGAAGUGCGCGUCUGCCGCUGUGCUUCCCAGUAACGGCUUUACUUCUGGCGAUAUAGUGGGUCUAUAUGACGAAAGUGGUCAGCUGGCCACGGGGAUCCUGACCCGGAUCACCCCAAAGCUGGUCACGGUGGCCUUUGAUGAGUCCCAUGAUCUCCAGUUGAGUCUGGACCGAGAGAAUUCCUACAGACUGUUAAAACUUGCCAAUGACAUCACUUAUAAGCGACUGAAAAAGGCUCUGAUUACCCUAAAGAAGUAUCAUUCUGGCCCUGCAUCCUCACUCAUAGAGGUCCUUCUCGGGGGAGCAGCCCCCAGUCCCGCCAGUGAAAUACCCCCACUGACCUUCUGCAACGCCUCCCUGGACGCCUCCCAGAAGGAGGCAGUUCUGUUCGCGCUAUCCCAGAAAGAACUCGCCAUCAUCCAUGGGCCUCCUGGAACUGGGAAGACCACCACAGUGGUCGAAAUCAUUCUUCAAGCUGUGAAACAGGGCUCAAAGGUUCUGUGCUGCGCCCCCUCUAACAUCGCCGUGGACAACCUGGUGGAGCGUCUGGCCCGGUGGAAGCAGAGGAUCGUGCGCCUGGGGCACCCCGCACGGCUCCUGGAGUCCAUUCAGCGGCACUCCCUGGAUGCGGUGUUAGCACGCAGCGAUGGCGCCCAGAUCGUGGCCGACAUCCGGAGGGACAUCGACCAGUUGAAAAACAGGAAGACCCAGGACAAGAGAGAGAGGAGUGAUUUUCGAAAUGAGAUCAGGCUGUUGAGGAAAGAGCUGAAGGAGCGUGAGGAGGCGGCUACCCUGCAGAGCCUGACGGCCGCCUGCGUGGUCCUGGCCACAAACACAGGUGCCUCUUUGGACGGCCCUCUGAAGUUGCUGCCUGACGGCCACUUCGACAUCGUGGUCGUCGAUGAGUGUGCCCAGGCCCUGGAAGCCAGCUGCUGGAUCCCCCUGCUGCAGGCCAGAAAGUGCAUCCUGGCCGGAGACCACAAGCAGCUGCCCCCCACCACAGCCUCUCACAAGGCUGCGCUGGCGGGGCUGUCCCUCAGCCUGAUGGAGCGCCUCGCGGAGGAGCACGGCGGGAGCACGGUGCGGACACUGACGGUGCAGUACCGCAUGCACGGAGCCAUCAUGCAGUGGGCCUCGCAGGCCCUGUACCGCGGGCAGCUCACAGCCCACCCUUCUGUGGCCGGGCACCUCCUGCGAGAUCUCCCGGGAGUGGCUGCCACGGAGGAGACGGGCCUUCCUCUGCUGCUGGUGGACACGGCCGGCUGCGGGCUGUUUGAACUGGAAGAGGAGGAUGAUCAGUCUAAAGGGAACCCUGGCGAAGCGCGCCUCGUCAGCCUGCACGUCCAGGCCCUGGUGGACGCUGGCGUCCGAGCGGGCGACAUUGCUGUCAUCACUCCAUACAACCUGCAGGUGGACCUGCUCAGACAGAGCCUGGCGCACAGACACCCCGAGCUUGAAAUUAAGUCCGUCGAUGGCUUCCAGGGCCGGGAGAAGGAGGCCGUGAUACUGUCCUUUGUCAGAUCCAACAGGAAAGGUGAAGUUGGUUUCCUUGCUGAGGACCGACGCAUCAAUGUUGCCGUCACCCGUGCACGACGCCAUGUGGCGGUCGUCUGCGAUUCCCACACUGUCAGUAACCACGCCUUCCUGAAGACCCUGGUGGAUUACUUCACAGAGCACGGGGAAGUGCGCACGGCCUUUGAGUACCUGGACGACAUUGUCCCUGAAAACUACUCCCACGAGAGUCCCCAGGUCCACGGCCCAGCUGGGGAGAAGCCCCAGGGCUCAGCUGCGCCUGCCAGGAAGGCCCCUGGGAGCCAGCAGCCCGUGGGGGCCCGGCCAGGGCGGAAGAAGCAGGGCGGGGUGCCCUUGGACUCCGAGGCCCGUGCUCAGCCCAGCGUCAAUGGAGGUGGCCCCGAGGGAGCCCGAAGAGAUGGCGCAGACCACUUCAGGGCUGUGAUAGCGGAGUUUGUGGCGAGUGAGGAAACGCAAUUGGAGUUUCCUGCGUCCCUGAAUUCGCACGACAGGAUGAGGGUCCAUCAGAUAGCAGAGGAAUUGGGGCUGAGGCACGACAGCUCUGGUGAAGGGAAGGAGAGGUUCAUAACUGUGAGCAAGAGAGUCCUGCCAACCCCCGCAGCUCCUCCGCCUCCAGCCGGCACCGAUAGCAAGGCCCCACUCUGUCCGGAGCCCCCCAGCCCGGAGCAGACGGAGGCCCCCAUCAGGGGCCCGGGCAGCCGGGACCAGCUGGACCUGAGGGCCCUACACCUGGAAAGGCUGCAGAGGGCGAGGGGCCGGCAGGAGCAGCAGACCAGGGAGGUGCCGCAGGCCGCGGGCUCAGGGCUGCGGAAGUUACCAGAAAAGAAGAAGAAAGGAGCAAAAGGACUCGCAGCCAUGGAUCUGCCCGCCGAGGAGGACUUCGACGCCCUGGUCUCGGCCGCCAUCAAGGCUGAUAACACCUGUGGCCUUGCCAAGUGCACAGCCAGUGUCGCGACCUUGGGCCAGCUCUGCCAGCACUGCGGCCGCCGGUACUGCCUCAGCCACCACCUGCCCGAGAUCCACGGCUGUGGGGAGAGGGCUCGCACCCAUGCCCGGCAGAGGAUCAGCCAGGAAGGAGUCCUUUACGCUGGUAGUGGGACCAAGGACAGGUCCCUGGACCCUGCCAAGAGGGCCCAGCUCCAGAGGAGGCUGGACAGGAAGCUGGACGAGCUGACCGGCCAGAGGAAGAGCAAGAGGAAGGAGAAGGGAAAGUGAGGCCUGGGUGUCACACACUGCGCUCUGUUCCUCGUAGCUGCUGCUGGCGACAGUGUUGCCACCAGACCUGCACCAUCUCCCCUGGGCGGACGCGGUCAUGAGCCUCUCUGAUGUGACGAAGGUGGCGGAGAGGCCCGGGGACACGCAGCUGGGGCCUUUAGCCCUUUCUCAGUGCCAGUGUUGGGGUGAGCCUGGCAGUGCCACGCCCCCUCCUCACUCCUGCCCUGGACCGUCCCCCUUCCUUGCGUCCUGGUCCUGCCUUCAGCAUCCUGGGCUGCUGCUGCUAGGGUCAGGGAGGCUCUGUUCCCUUGGAGAGGCGCCUGAGCCUCAGGCUCUGUACAAGUGAUGACCCCACUGUCCAGGGCCGGCCAGCUUUCAGCUCGUCAGGUGAGGGCGGCACCUGAGCACUCAGUUCGUGCCCUGGGAGCCUGCGCCUGAGGACGCCCAGCCCUUCUCCCGCGUGUCCCCGUGCGGCCAGCUCACCCUUCAUCGGCGUUGUGACUUCGCCGAGGCCGCUUCUGUCUUCCGUUUCCUGGUGGCUGCAGUGAUCCCACCCUGGCCCCACAGGGCAGCAGACACAGCUCUGGCCGUUCCCAGCUCCAGGAAGCCUGGAGGUCGGGCCUGGCGGGUGUGAGCCUGGCCUCGGCGCCAUGCCCGGUGGUGGUCUGCGGAGAGAGCCGUCCCCGAGGGCUGGGGGGUAACACUUGGCAGUCCAGAGCCCUCUCGGAGGUGUCCUUCGGGGUCCCUUGUUGAGAGAACCUCAGACGGAUGUAUUAUUUUAGUCUCAGAGUUUUACUUGUUUCAAAGGGAUGUAAAUUAUCUAAAAAUUAAAUAAAUAUAUAUGCACGCGGCUCA